UUCAUUUGAGUGAGAGAAAGAGGAAGCAUGCUGCAGGUCCGCAUCGGUCGAUCUAAUAUGCCUCGCCCAAGCGUUUUGAGAUUCUGGAGGUUUAUAGCAGUGGCCCUGGUUGUGGCUUCCUUCUCCAUCUUCCUGCUCCAGAAGUACAGUGAAAUCAUCAGUGUCGUGACAGUGCCAGAAAAGUUGAAGAUGGAAAAGAAAACAGUAAACCCGUGUCCGACUCUGAUCUGCUCCAAGGAUCACUUCAGUUUUUACAUUCAGAGUGGAGCCGCCAACGUUGUCCCGCCGAAAAUCUGCUUUAGGAAUCAGCUAUUUCUGGGAAAAGAAAAGCAAAAUACUGGAACUGGAAUAAAUGCAGUUAUUCUAAAUGGAACAACUGGAGAGCUCGUGCACACAGGAUACUACGACAUGUAUUCUGGAGACUCGAAACCUCUGAUCGAAUUACUCCAAAAAACAGAAACUGGAUCCAUCAUCUUAAUGGCUUCAUUUGAUGAGCCCUCGUCAAAAUUAAAUGAAGAGGCACGGCAGUUGAUCCUGGAUUUGGGCAGCUCCUCGGUGAAGUCUCUUGGAUUCAGGGAUAACUGGAUUUUUGUCGGUGGGAAAGGACUCAGGGUGAAGUCCACGUUUGAAAAGCACAUAAAGAAUGACCCGAAAAUGAACAAAUACGAGACCUGGCCUGAACUCAUCGAGCUCAGUGGCUGCAUCCCCAAAUACAUGAGCUGAAGGAGCAAGAACUAAACCAGGACUAUGAAAGAACGGGUCUCAGGAAAACUGGUUAUGAUCCUGGACUAUGGAGGUCUGUUUUAUAAGAUUUUCAUGAUAGUUUGGAGGACUAAAUCAGGACUGGACCACAAUUGAAACUGGUCUAACCAAGAGCUAUGUCAGGGAGGUCUGAACAAGGUCUAUACCAGGACUAUACUAGGACUAAAACAGGUCUAAACCAUGACUAAAACAGGUCUUACCAAGACUACAAAUUAAAACAGACUUAACAAGAUUUAGGUUGGCUCUAAAACAAGUUUGAACAAAGUUUAUACCAGGACUAAACCAGGUGUUAACAUGGAUUUUAAAGUUAGACCAAGACUAAACCAGGUCUAAACAUGGACUAAAUGAAACAGGACUAAACCAGGAUUUAAAUUAUGUUAGACCAAGACUAAACCAGGUCUAAACAAACCAGGUCUAAACAUGGACUAUAUAAGAUUAGGCCAAGACUAAACCAGGUCUAAACAUGGACUAUAUAAAAUUAGAUCAAGACUAAACCAGGUCUAAACAUGAACUAAAUGAAACGGGACUAAACCAGGUCUAAACAUGGACUAUAAGGUUAGACCAAGAGUAAACCAGGUCUAAACAUGGACUACAUAAGAAUGGACCAAGACUUAAACAGGUGUAAACAUGGACUAAAUGAACCAAGACUAAACCAGGAGAUCAGUGACGUUAAACCAAGACUAAACCAGGCCAAAACCAGAUCAAACUAGGUGCAGACUUUUAUUUUAUGUUUUUAAAUGUUUUAAGUACUUAUAACCAAACUCAGGUCUAAAAAAAGUCUAUGCUGUACAAGUUUUAAACAAGGACUUCUAAUGUAAUGUAAUAACUGAAGAGAGUGACAUCACGCUGGGGGUGGUCUACAUGUAUCUCUACGGUGAAAUGUUCAGUGGUUACUAUGGUGACACAAUGUAAACAUGACCAAAAACCUGUUCAGUCCCAGCCAGGUCAGUUCUCUCUGGUCAGAUUGUGUUCAAAUAAAACUGGGAUUAAAGUCUACCAGAGCGUCUGUCAGAGCAGUGCCUCCAGUUAGCAUAAUGACAUCAGCUCCGAAGUAUCAUUUGUGAAUAAAAUUUACUGUACUGUUUAUGUAUUACUGGUUAUUUUGGGGGAGUUUGAAGGAAAACUUUACAAACACGGACACUGUCAAAAUCAAACUGACUUGAGAAUGUAUUUAAUAAAAUGUUUUGUAAAUAUUUAAAACAUGGGAACUUUACAUGAAGAGUUUGUUGUAUUUUAAUUAAAAUAUUUUUGUAAAAUAAAA